GCUUCCGGUUGACAAACGGACAAAAGCCUUUAGCGGCUGUGUUCAGUGCUGGAGAUAAUCUGCUGCUCCUGAGCUCAAGCGAAAUCAAGAUGCCUCGAGUGUAUAUCGGCCGGCUGAGCUAUAAUGUCCGCGAGAAAGACAUCCAGCGGUUCUUCGGUGGCUACGGGAAGCUGCUGGAGGUGGAUCUGAAAAACGGGUACGGCUUUGUUGAGUUUGAGGACACCCGUGAUGCUGAUGACGCCGUCUAUGAGCUGAACGGUAAAGAGCUGUGUGGUUACAGCAGCAGAAGUCGCACCGGAAGGGAAAAGUAUGGCCCUCCUGUUCGCACCGAGUACCGCCUCAUUGUGGAGAAUCUGUCUAGUCGCUGCAGUUGGCAAGACCUCAAGGAUUUCAUGCGACAGGCAGGUGAGGUGACCUACGCAGAUGCCCAUAAGGAGCGUGCCAAUGAGGGUGUGAUUGAGUUCCGCUCUUACUCUGACCUUCGGAGAGCUAUGGAGAAACUGGAUGGGACAGACAUCAAUGGCAGGAAGAUUCGUCUGGUUGAAGAAAAGCAGCGCCGUCGUCGCUCCUACUCUGGCAGCCGCUCUCGUUCUCGUAGCCGGCGUCGUUCUCGUAGUAGGAGUCGCCGUAGCAGCCGUUCUCGGAGCAACUCAAGAUCUCGUUCAAGGUCUCGCUCUCGCCGGCACCGCUCCCGUUCCAGGUCGGGACACAAGUCUCGCUCCAAAUCUCCAUCGAGCAAGUCUCGCUCGCGCAACCGUAAAUCUCGUUCUCGCUCCCGCACACACAAAUCUCGCAGUCGAUCAACCAGUCGCAAGUCUCGCUCUCGCUCGGAUGAGCGCAAGUCCCGCUCUAAGAGCACUUCUAAAGUGAAGUCGGAUCGUGGACGCUCCAAGGAGAAAUCGGUCGGCAGGAAAUCCAGAAGUAGAUCUGCUUCACCGAUGGAGAAUGGUGACGGGGGUCGUGCCAAGUCUGCUUCUCGCUCUCCAUCACCUCAGGCUGAGAAGAGCCAGCACAAGUCUCCAGACAGGCAUUCACGCUCUCGCUCAAAGUCUGGCUCGCGCUCUAAAUCCCGCUCCCGUUCCAGGUCUGCGUCCCAAGAUUAGUAUUAAGUGUGGUCUGAUCUUUGGUUUUUCCCCCACCUUCUUACGAGUCCAGUUGUCCAGGAUGGUUUUCUAAUGGUCAUGAUGGGAUCCAGGUCUAAGGCAUUUAAUUUGUUUUAUUUUACUCUUCUAUAGUAAAAGUGAAUCACCCACCGCUUCAAUAUUUUAUAUUCGUAACAAUAGCAUGAAAAUAAGUGAUUUAAUUUAGUGUGCUGCAUGUCAGUCCUUUUUAUAAACCAUGAUCUUGGCAAGGAAACGAAAAGCCGCUGCAUCUUGUGGCUUGUAAAACUAUUAUCUGAAAAAUCUAGGCUUUGGUUUCUUCAUGUAAUAGUUCAUUGAAAACUGUCUGAUUUUGUUUUAUUAAAAUCCAGUCUCUAUA